CCUGGAGCCACUUAAAUUAAGUUGUACUAAGCCGUUGGGCAAAAACAAUAUUUUGUAACAGUAGAGUUGAAUCAUAUGAGAUUACCUCAUCCACCAAUUUAUUUGAUCUCCUGUCAAAUUCAAAUGAACUUUCCUGAGUCUACUUUCAAUUAAAUAGGCCUUUCCUUGUGUUUGUUAUCUCGCCCAUUCUUUUUCUUGUAUGCAUUCUCUGGAUUCCUCUUUCUAUGUUAUAAGUGCUGUAGUAAUCAGGUUGGUUUCUUCAGCGUCUUCUGAGACGAAGAAAAUUGAUAUUUGUCCAAAAGUCUUCUUCUCGUUCCAUUACUUUUCCAGUUAUUAGACUUGAUGACUGUGGAAUCCGAUGCUUGAAAGUUCUCACACUUAGCUAAUAAAGAGAAAUGAACCGUUUGGAUUUUAGUACUAGUUGUAAUUUUUAGUUUCUAAAAAUCAAUUGACAGGAAACCUGGUUUCUGACUUGUGACAUAGAAUGUGUGAAAAUUUUGUUUUGCAAAGAGAAGUGAUUUUUAGUUUCAUAUUUAAAGUUCCUCUGGCAACCCCAAACGUAUUGUUAGACCAAAUUCUCCUGUUAGAAUCUAAAUUAAUUUUCCUACUAUACAGUAAGGGUACAGUUGCUGUAGGUCUACCACCAGCUUGGGUGGAUGUAUCUGAAGAAAUAGCUACUAAUGUGCAACAUCUGCGGGUGAAAAUGGCUGAGCUCGCAAAGGCUCAUGCUAAAGCUUUAAUGCCUUCAUUUGGAGACGAUAAAGAAGAUCAACGCCGGAUCGAAUCUCUUACACAGGAGAUAACUGGUCUUUUAAAAAAAUCGGAAAAAAAGUUACAGAGACUUUCUGCUGGUGGGCCUUCGGAGGAUUCAAAUAUCAGGAAGAAUGUGCAGCGCUCUCUAGCCACCGACCUUCAAACCCUUUCAAUGGAGCUACGCCGAAAGCAAUCCACAUAUUUACAGCGACUUCGGCAGCAAAAAGAGGGUCUAGAUGGGGUCGACUUGGAAAUGAACUUGAAUGGGAGCAAAUCUAGGAGAGAUGAUGAUGAUUCUGAUGACAUGGGAUUCAGCGAACAUCAAAUGGCCAAGUUGAAGAAAAGUGAGGCAUUCACUGCGGAAAGGGAGAGGGAAAUUCAACAGGUUGUUGAGUCAGUCAAUGAUCUUGCCCAAAUUAUGAAGGAUUUAUCAGUCCUGGUGAUUGAUCAGGGCACUAUUGUUGACAGGAUAGAUUACAAUAUAACAAACGUGGCUGCAUCUGUAGAUGAGGGCCUGAAACAGUUGCAGAAGGCAGAGAGAACUCAGAAACAAGGUGGUAUGGUUAUGUGCGCUACAGUGCUCGUAAUCAUGUGUUUCAUCAUGCUUGUUCUUCUGAUCUUGAAGGAGAUAAUUUUUUAAUCAGCGAAUGUAACAUCUUCAUCCGAUUGUUCAAUCCUCCCCAGCAACUGUAACAUGCUCUCGAGAAACAUUGUUGAAAGUGAAAGAGCGGGAGUUCCGAGUUUCCCCAGAUAAAUACACCGUUUUCCGACAAAUUUCUUUCUAAUUGCAUUUAUUUUUUUUUUUCCAGUUUUGUUCCGACGAGGGAGAUUGCUCCUGGGACUUUGUAUAGAACAGUUAGUGUAUUUAACAACAGAAUUCUGGGGAGGAAAUAUAAAUAUUGAAUCUUUCUCGAGGAGAAUUUUGUAGUUUAUGUUCAGAUUUGAAGGGAUGAGAUCCAUCCUUUAAGUGGAAAAGGAAACAAUCUUCAUACUACACA